GAAAGAGAUCCAAGGAGGCAGAAGGCUGCGGUCAAAAUAUUUUGGGGUGGCAAAGGCACGUAGGAUGUGGCUGUGUGGCAGCCCAGAGAUUCAGCUCCCGCCUCCUCCCUCAGAGCGAGUCCAUGGCUACCCUCACGUCUCCCGUGGCGGUCCUCGCCGCACUCCGGAGGGGGUCACCCAUGAGAGUGUUAGACCUGGACAGCGGGAACCUCGCCGAGGCGGAGAUUGCAGACUGGGACUCCAGAUUUCGGGAAGGGAUGGGGGGAAGAGGAGACGCCUCGCUGCAGGCGGAAUGGAGGGCGAGGCGAAGAAGGAUGGUGCAGGAAACGGCGACAAGGCGCCCGGCCAGGCCCGCGAGCUACCGAGACCCAGGUUCCAAUCCUCCCCCCUUCCUCAAACGCCCGGGUUCGAGGUACCUGGCGGGCAAGGGCCGCAGCGGAGCGAAGCGGGCUGGCCAUGGGGAGGCUGCGGGGACGCGGGGCUGCAGAGAGCGGCGGUGGCACGGAGCGCGCGGCUGGACACGAAAGCGGGCGGUGUGGCCAAGCCCCGGCGCACGGCCCGUAGGGCGCUGGGUACCACGACCCGGGGCCGCGCGCCAGGGCCAGGCGCAGGGUACGACGCAACCCCUCCAGCAUCCCUUGGGGAGGAGCCUCCAACCGUCUGGUCCCAGUCUGUCUGCAGUCGCGAAUACCCAAGCGGUUGUCCCUAUCACUGGGGUCGCUUGCGGUCGCCCGAGACUGCGCGCCGCGAACGAGCGCUUUUCCAAGCGCAGGUACUUCGCGGGCAUCCUUGUUUAUUAAACAACCUCUAGGUGAACGGCCGGGAAGCGCCCCUCGGUCAAGGUUAAGGAAACCUCGGAGAAACUACAUUAGGGCAGCUUUUCCAUCGACUCCAAAUCCAACUGACAAAAAGCAGUUUCUGCCCUGGAGAGUUUGCGGGCGGGGAUUGACAUUUGUGCGUCUGCUCUUGUCUGCCACCGACCCCUAUGUGCAAACUGAAGGGGGAGAACGUGAAUCCAGUUUUUAGAUUUCCCUGCGCCACCUACCCAAACUGAAUUUGUAAUUCGGGGUGUUACGGGGCUACCAGGCUCGCAUUCUCUAAGGGCCGUUUCUGCCCAAAUAUCUCAAUGCCUUUCAUCGUUUUCAGGCAAAGCAGACCAUCAAGAGCUCCAGUCAUACUGUUUUCACAGUUUUCCGACGGAGACUCGUGAUCUCAAUAUAAAGAGGACUGGAAAAGUGAUGUUAGAAAUACUAUUCGGUUUAGAAAGGGAAAGGGGGAUUGGAAUAGCUAUUGUCUUAUAUACAGUGUUCUUCUGGGGCAACGUCAGCCUGAAUUAUGAGCCUUCCUGGUUUUUAAAUUAAUAGGAAGUGGUAACCAGGGCUGACUUGAUCUUGGAAAGAGGGGGAGGGCAGUUUAUUCUGGGUGAAAGCGGUUAAAUCCGGUCUGGUUUUUGAAAUGGUUUCAUACAGCACCACUGAUAAUAUACUGUAGCUCUAAUCUUAUCAACUCAGAAAACCUACACUUUUCCUCUCCUUUAUACAAGGCACAAAAAGGCCUCUUACGCUGGGGUGGGGUCCCAAGCUCCAAAGACCAGAGUCCAGGCAGGUCACUUGCCACCAUAGAGUGGUGAGUGUCCCUGGAAGUCCAGGGUCGCUUAUAAAAUACGUUUUGUCGUUGUUGUUUUGAGACUGAGUCUCACUCUGUCACCCAGGCUGGAGUGCAGUGGCCCGA